AUGGCAGCAAUUUCAUUCUCUCACAACCACCAAUCCUCCGACAACCGCCGUGGUGUAUCCCAUCACCACCGUCACGGCCCCGUGGUAGAAGAAAUCGAUGGACUCAUCAAAGUUUUCAACGACGGUUGCGUGGAGAGACCUCCCAUAGUCCCCACCGUCUCAGCCUCCGUCCACCCAUCUGCUAAAGUCACAGCCUUUGACAUCAAACUCUCCAACGACACGUCAGCACGCGUCUACAUACCCGACGCCUCCGUUACUCUCCCUCUCCUCGUUUACUUCCACGGCGGUGGUUUCUGCGUUGGCUCCGCCGCUUGGAGUUGCUACCACGACUUCUUGACUAGUCUCGCGGUUAAAGCCCGUUGCGUCGUCGUUUCGGUUAAUUACCGUUUAGCCCCUGAACACCGGCUCCCGGCGGCGUACGACGACGGCGUCAACGUUGUCUCGUGGUUAAUGAAGCAACAAAUAUCCAACGGAGGAUAUUCUUGGGUGAGCAAAUGUAAUCUCUCAAACGUUUUCUUGGGCGGAGAUAGCGCCGGAGCCAACAUAGCUUACCAAGUCGCCGUGAGAAUCACCGCCGGUGACAAAUCCGUAAAUACCUUAAACCUAAAGGGCGUUAUUCUAAUCCACCCUUUCUUCGGCGGCGAAUCAAGAACGUCCUCGGAGAGACAGCAACAGCAUCACUCCAAGUCAUCGGCUUUGACUCUGUCCGCUUCCGACACGUACUGGCGUUUGGCUCUGCCACGUGGCGCGAACAGGGACCAUCCUUGGUGUAACCCUCUGGUCAGCUCAUCGGCGGGUUUUCUCCGAGCAGCGAAGUUACCGACGACGAUGAUGUUUAUGGCGGAGCUUGAUAUAUUGAAAGAUAGGAACGUGGAGAUGUGUAAAGUGAUGAGAAGCCAUGGGAAGAGAGUUGAAGGUAUUGUUCAUGGAGGAGUUGGUCACGCUUUUCAUAUUCUCGACAACUCUCCGGUGGCACGUGAUCGAAUCCACGACAUGAUGUGUCGUCUUCACAACUUCAUACAUCCAUUAUAA